CUGCUAUUGGCCAGUAAAGAAGGUCACUGCACAAUCAUACAGAUCCUGUGUCUUGCAGGUGAGUCAGUUACCAAGGUUGCUUUACAAUGUUAAAGGUCCUAUGCCUUCCACAUAAGUCAAUUACAAAGGUCUUUCUACUGUCAAACAGAUGACGUGUUUGCAGGUGAGUCAGUUACCAAUGUCAUUGUACAGCCAUAAUGGUGCUGUGCCUUGCAUUUGAGCCAGUUACCAAGUUCACAUUUCAAUAAAGAAUUACCAGGUUUUUUCAAGGGUCUCAUCACAGUAUAAAUCACAAAUAUGCAACUGUUUUGUUUUUGAUAAGUGAAAAAUGACCCAAAUAAUCAUGAUACACACUGAAAUCACAGAAGUGUUUUACAAGUUUUAUAAUCUGUGUGUUGACCUAGUUUAUGUUUACCACAAACCGUGUCAUUCAACCUGACCCCCACGUCCCCUUUUUUUCGGUUUUGUUUUGAAAAUGACGCCAAGGAUGACAUAUAUAGCGCUGUACCAACCCCACCCCUCCUUCGAUUGCGAAGAGGGUGUUUACUUUCUACGUCUUUUAAAGAAUGUCAUUACGUGACGCAAUUUCUAGAAUUUCUUUUCUCGAGGAAUCUAACUUUCUCCCUAUAAAUAAGCCAGCAGUUUUCCCAGCCAAAACCGAUUUUAUUCUUUGUAUUAUUUAUAUUAAUAUUUAUAUCUUUCUAGGAUUGUACAUUUUCAUUUUCUGUGUUGUAAGUUAAUAUAGUUUCAUUUCUGUCGAUUUGAUUUUGUUUUCUUUAUAUACAUUUAGAUAGUGUAAUUGGUUUGUUGAAUACUUUUAACAUCACUAGAUUUGGUGUCACUUUUUAUCUUUGUACACUGGUUUUCAAGUCGUUUGUUACGUAUUGUUGCACACACGAGCAAAAUCUUAAAUCAGAUCAAAUAUGCUAUACCAUAUAACGGCACGUAACACAUUGUAUCAACGAAUAUUAGACUGAUUACGAUGGUCAACUUUUAUAAUAUUACCAAUGUUGAUAUUAUUCAAUACAAAUUUUAAAAAUUCUACCUUCACAAUCAAUACCUUAACUUUAACUGAAGGCAGCACUAUUAAAACAAAGCUGUGUUGAAAAUAAAACCCGUAAUCAGGUCACAGUGGCUCGGAAUGGCUAAUUUAAAUAAUGGCGUUAUCAAAGCACAAAGUAAACAAAGGCUUUUUUCCUUGAAAGUUAAUCUUGCCGAGCAUUAGAGACAAUGUUAAUUUACAAAUUGCCAGGAGAGACGUUACUGACAGUGACCACAGAACAGUCGAGUGUUUUUUUACAGUGUAGGCCAAACACAAUUAACUAAGGCAUCCAUGAACUGGACCAAGACCUAGUCCAUGGGGUGGCGCCACCAUCACCUAUCUACCUCUCUAUUUGCCACCCCGCUGGACCUUGUCCAAAGGGUGGUGGCACCAUCACCUCUCUACCUCUCUAUUUGCCACCCCGCUGGACCUUGUCCAAAGGGUGGUGGCACCAUCACCUAUCUACCUCUCUAUUUGCCACCCCGCUGGACCUUGUCCAAAGGGUGGUGGCACCAUCACCUCUCUACCUCUCUAUUUGCCACCCCGCUGGACCUAGUCCAUGGGGUGGCGCCACCAUCACCUAUCUAUCUCUAUUUGCCACCCCACUUGACCUAGUCCAUGGGGUGGCGCCACCAUCACCUCUCUACCCCUUUAUUCAACGCCCCGCAUUUGAGAGAAGUACAGGUGACUCCUUCAUUCUUUUAAAAGCGUUGCCUUAAAAGUUACGUACGGAGUAAAAAGUCAUGUUUUCGGCUUAAAAUGUUCCUAGUUAGUGCUUUGGUAUAAUAGGUAAAUUAUCGACAUUUUGCAUAAGUCAUAUUGUUUAGAGAAUGGGGCCCUUAUUGUAUCAAAUCAUUCACCUGAAAAAAACGGUCAAUGACACCACCCCCCCAGGCAAAAAUCCAUUUAGAGAACUCCACCAAAAAGCGACACUAUAGUCGGCCAUUGACUUUUCCUUGUUAAGUGUACUGAAACAACAGUGCCCGCCCCAUCCCCCAAUAUCGGAUGAUACAAAAGGUUCUUUUAGAACUGCAUACUUAAUUACAGUUCUUUUAUAGACGGUAAAACACUUUAAACUAGGAACAAGUUGGUUUGGACGUGCGCUGACCAAAAGGGUGAGCUUCCCACAAGGUUAGAGUGCGCCAUUAGUCAAUUGUUUUGUCGCAGUGACUGGUUGGCGCAAAGCGAUGUUCGAUCGGUGGCGGUGAUGAUCGUGUUAGAUCAAAGCUCUCAGAUGUGUGUUUGAGGAAAGCCUGUUUGCUAAUAUGUCAUUAAGUGGUGGUGCUGGGAUCAGAGCGCUCAGUUAAAUAAACAGUGCUUGCAUUACAUCACUAAGUGAAGUAUGAAAAAUAUCACAUCACAUGUAUUAAAGUUGAAACGUUUGAAAUCGUUGUGUCAAACCGAAUGACUGAAAUAAUUUGUGGAUUGAAUAGCGAUGCAAGAAAUAACGCUAAUAAAUAUAAAGUUGAGCGCUACGUCACCGUGGGCAUGAAUUGAUGCCCAUCAUGGCUCAAGAUACCCCAGGACACCUUUUUAUAAUGUAAUGUUAAGUGGUGUCGGGGGAGGGGUGAGGGUGUUUUGGGGCUCGAAAUUUUAAAAAAAUUGGGUCCUGUUCUUUUUAUAUAAGUAUUUUUUUAAACCAUGUGUAGUAAGUUUGAGAACCCUUGGUACGUUUGAAGAAAGCUAAGCCAUCACUAUGUUUUAAAACCCCAGCUUCAUUAAAAAGAAAAUUUAGGACCUCGCGUAUGACUCUACCCCCCCCCCCCCCCCCCCCCCCCCCCAUCCCCCGCCCCUCUUGCCAUUGAGUAAAUGUAACAUUAUGAACACUUCAUUUUAAAAUUAAACAUAAAAUUUUCUCACUGAAGACGAACAGAGCCGAGGCCUGAGGAAACUCAAGAUCUUGGAAGACGCCGAUGAUGACGGCUUGACGCCCCUGCAUUACGCAGUCCAGUACAACAGAUUACAGGUGAGGUGUACCAGGGGCGGCCACCAGAAAAGGCAUUACCGUCCCCUUUGAUCAGAAAUUUAUUAAAUUAUUCGCUGCCUGCACGUCGUACCAUUGUUAUGAAAGGAUAUUUUAACAAACAUCUACGUAAGGAUUAUUUCUGGUUUACCGAUAACUUAAUACUUGUACAAUUAUGGUGGAUAAUGAUGAGUUUUCUUUAAAGCAUCGCUGUUUCAGGACAUAGUUUUUAAAUCUCGUCCUGGGUUAUAUAUCUUUCGGUUUCGAUGUCAGCCGAAUGACUCGUUAAGCUUUUGGUUUCUGGGUAAAGUCAUUCUUAACGUUCAGCUUGGCUUUGGUUUCAGGCGAAACCAGAAAAUAUCACAUUCGGUCGGUCUCUCUAUAAGGUAACUGGGUCAGCUUAAAAAUGGUUCUGGUUGGUCAGCUUAUAUUAUUGGGGUCAGCGAGGAUACUACAAGUCUAACUAAAUAUGGACGCCAAAGAGGAAAUGUGUCUCACAAUAUGAUUGAGACACUUUUGCUUAGGGGCUAGUUAGGUGUUCAAUGAUGGUGAUUUUCUCAACCUAAUGCCUCGACCCUUUAUUAUAGUUCCUCAUGUUGUUGGGACCGGUGACCCUAAAAUUAUUUUUUCUAGUUACUUCCUAAAUAUACGUUUUCCGAUGGUCUUAGGCAACCCAUAUGAAAGGUUCGUUCAACACCCAAAGGGUUCGCAGCCCACAGGUUGAGAGCCACUGUUCUACACGAGGUGAAACAUUCGAGCCUAAAAUUGGGGAUGAUGCUGGUUUACUCUGGGCAUUGACAACAUCUUUGGGAUGAUGCUGGUUUACUCUGGGCAUUGACAACAUCUUUGGGAUGAUGCUGGUUUACUCUGGGAAUUGACAACAUCUUUGGGAUGAUGCUGGUUUACUCUGGGCAUUGACAACAUCUUUGGGAUGAUGCUGGUUUACUCUGGGCAUUGACAACAUCUUUAAGAUGAUGCUGGUUUACUCUGGGCAUUGACAACAUCUUUGGGAUGAUGCUGGUUUACUCUGGGCAUUGACAACAUCUUUAAGAUGAUGCUGGUUUACUCUGGGCUUUGACAACAUCUUUGGGGAUGAUGCUGGUUUACUCUGGGCAUUGACAACAUCUUUAAGAUGAUGCUGGUUUACUCUGGGCUUUGACAACAUAUUUGGGGAUGAUGCUGGUUUACUCUGGGCAUUGACAACAUCUUUGGGAUGAUGCUGGUUUACUCUGGGCAUUGACAACAUCUUUGGGGAUGAUGCUGGUUUACUCUGGGCAUUGACAACAUCUUCACUAGCCACUCAUGCGCAAGACAAGCAUUACUAGUAACUAAUAAUCUUCUUUGAGUGCGAAAGACAAUUGACGACCAAGUUUUCAAAUGAUGUGGGUUCAAAUCUGGAAUUGACCAAGUUUUCUAAUGAUGUGGGUUCAAAUCUGGAAUUGACCAAGUUUUCAAAUGAUGUGAGUUCAAAUCUGGAAUUGACCAAGUUUUCAAAUGAUGUGGGUUCAAAUCUGGAAUUGACCAAGUUUUCAAAUGAUGUGGGUUCAAAUCUGGAAUAGAUCAAGCUUUCAAAUGGUGCGAGUUCAAAUCUGGAUUGGAUCAAGCUUUCAAAUGAAGUGAGUUCAAAUCUGGAACUGACCAAGUUUACACAUGAUGUGGGUUCAAAUCUGGAAUAGAUCAAGCUUUCAAAUGGUGUGAGUUCAAAUCUGGAAUAGAUCAUGCUGAAAACAACAAUGCAUGUUGCUAUUUAUGGAAAAUAAGUAUGGUUGUAAAUUUCCGACAAUGUUUUUAGCUUUAGCCAAUGAGUCAAAUUAUUCAUAUUAUUAUGAAAUGUGUUAGCUUCCUUUAUGUACAAUCACCUCAAUCAUGCAUUAAUAACCAAAAUUACUCUCUUAUUCACCUGAACAACUGGUUUCAAUCAAGAUUCCUUUCACCCCAACCACAGUUAACAACUAAACAAACCUAAAGAUUAACGAUCCUGGGUGGCUCCCAUUAAUUAAUGUCACAAUUCAACAUGGCGGUCAACAUGGUCAACAUUUUAAUGAGACUGCUCCCACUAUUUUAUUACUUGUCCGAUAACGUAACGGCAAGUCAUAAUGUAAUAUGCUACAAUUACACCAUUAAAGUAGCGGCGAUAGCUGCGCUACAGUAAAAUAAAAACUUGGAUCGGGAGUGAAUGCCAAUGUUUUAUUGAUUAUCACACGGAACGGCUUAGAGAUUAUACAAUCUUUUGGAAUCAGUAACAGUAAUAAUACAGAUCAUUUUUUUAGUUAGGGCUACACUCUUUGUUUUUCAUUUUUGUUCUUUUUGCUGUCGGAAAAAAAGGGGUUGGGUGGUGGUGGUGGUGACCACCCUUUUAAAGAUUGACUUCUUUACAAUAAGUUUUAUUGUUUUUGCUGAGGUUUCUAUUGAAAAGAAGGCUGGAGCCUUUACAAAAAAUUCAAAAUUCUUCUUCUUUUUUUUUAAAGAUAAUAAUUGAAGGACUGCAUUCAAGCUUUUUGAAUGAAAUAGUACAACAAGAUUCAAGCCUCAUCACACCUUGUUUUACUAUUACAUUUUUGUUUUUGGAGCCAUCUUGAGAAUUUUCGGAACACUAACGAAAACGUGAAAUUAAGUAAAAGAACAAAUCUAUUUUUUUUAAACACUAGAAAUAACACAAACAAUGGUUGCAGAAAUGCGUGAGCUUCUCAUCUACUAAAGUUACUUGACAAAACAUGCAUUCGAUAACCCACUCUAUAUCAAUUCCAAAUAGUUAUAAAGUUUUAAAAAUUAUUUCGCCCACGUAUGUGAACACAUAUUUACAGCCAUCCAUACACACAUACGAAGCGAAUUAUUGUAUAGUUGGUCAUCGUGAAAUAAAAGCUUUGAAUCAUGCGCAGUUAUUGAGAAGACCCGUGGAUUUACGAAGACGGCUAGAAAUACUAGAGAUACAGUUUUUAAAAUCCAUUGAGCGUUAAGGUUCAGCCUGAGAUGGUUCUCUUUUCUUUUCUCUUUAAAUAGAUUUUAGGACAUCAGUGAGCAUGCUAGACUAACAUGGACAAAAGCGCCAUGAAAGUGUUCAACCAAAUCAAACCAAAGACUCGUAACGUUUGAUAAGAAAUGAGUCACCGUUGCAAAUGUCGCUACGAUUGCACAUUUGUUCACGGCUACAUCUUUUUUAAAACGUUUAAUCACGUACUUAAUGAUCAUGCCUUGAUAAAAAUCUAUCACAUUCUAAAAAAAAAAAAAGCAAACAAAAUGAAAGUUUUUACAUUGUAAACAAUAAUAGGGGUAUAACGUAUUGGGGAUUGCACUUUGAAAUAUAUUCACUCCUAUACUUUCUGUAAACAGGCUGUCCAGGAGUUGCUCCAGUGGGGAGCCGACCCAAAUAUCUGUGACGUGAGUACAUGCGAUAAUCAUUGUAUCAGAAAUAUAAAAAUCUCACCCGUAAUCGCGCUAUAAUCAAUGCUGGGAAAUAUAAAUUAGCCCUGCCAUCAUAACUAUAAACAUCAUGAAAAUGUCAGACCUUACGAUGAGAUUCCAGAGAAGAUUUACAAAUAGCCAGUGACGUGGAAUUGCUAGUUUCCUACAAGUAGCUAGUGAUGUGGGCAGUGGCGUAGCUAGGGUUGGUGUCACCCGGUCUGGUAAAUUCACGGUGUUACCCCGUCACCCCCCAUCCACAGACUUUCAGAACGUGUUUCUUCUUGUCAAAAUAAGUCCAAAGUCUAACAAUGACAAGAACAGAAAAAAACAACAACUAAUUGAAGGUCAGGAGGUCAAUGUAUUUAAGAACUGAAACAACGUUAAGUUAUAGUUAUUUUUACAUUAAAAAUACUUUAUUUAAAAUUUUCCUUUCCUGGUCUUCAAAGCUGCAAACCUGUCAACUACUUGACCAAAAUCACUAUUCUUCAACGUAUCACUUUCAAUUGAUAGUAGAGCCGGUUUAGAAAGCCGUGACUGUCUUUAAUAGUUCUCUUACCAUUCUCCUCUUAAACCUUAAUUUUAUUCUUAACCGAAACUCCAAAGGUAAUGAUUUACAAGGUCCUUUUCAAUUGCAUGAUCUACUAAGCGACAGCGGUUCUCCGACAGAAAAAAAUCUUUAGACUUCUAGGUUGAUUACCACUUUGCCAAGAGUGAAGCAUUUUUUCUGCACAUACUGAUGUGCAAGAUUAACUUCCUGUUGUAAAGGUGUCAGAUGAACGUGAACGCAUAGACAGCAUGGUAAAUGACCUUGUUUAUUUCUUUUUGAGUAUUUCCUGGUUUCGAUUGAUUUGGUUUCAAAAAACAUUUUAAAAAAAUGAAAUAAAUAUAAAUUAAUCAUUUAAAUAUAUUAAACUUUUUAAAAAUAUUAUUUUGUUAACCCUAUAAAUGGGUAAAAAUUUAUUUUAAAAAAUAUUUUUACUUUUUACGGAUUCGAUUCAUAUACUUGGAAACGCUCCGCCACAUGGUAUUCGGUAUUAAUGGAAAGCUUGAUUUCUAAGAAUUUAGAUCAUAGCUUCAUGUAAGUUACAAAAGCUAUCGAACACUUCAAUCGGCGUUGAAUCAUGGUCAAAAUGGUGUUUUUCUGACCAAAUUAUAGGGUUACCUCAUUUCUGAACCACUGUCUUGAACUUUUAAUCAAUCACGCAUUUCUUCUUCUUUUAUAUGUUAAUGGCCCAUGAUCAAUGUAUUGAUCAUUCUGGAACCUAUUUAUGUAGAUGGGAUUCCCGAUGUUUCUGUGCCUGGUAUGAAGAAAAUAUUUCACUGGCUACUCAACCCAGAGUUGGAAGGCCUGAGGAAAUUAACGCAAGUGUGUCAAGUGUUGUCGCCUAAACUGUUCUUUUAGAACUUUGUUCCAGUCCCUGAUUGCGCAGUAAUUAAUAAUUAACUAAUACUGAAUUAUACAGUGCUUAAUUUUCCCUUUUUUUAUUUUGAAACCGUCUUUGAACACCCCCCCCCCCCUUUUUUUUUCCAACAAUUGGAUUGAUGAGAUGUAUGGACAAUUUACGUGUGGUCGGUUAUCCUUUUAAGAAAUUCGGUUAGACCGAGAAGUGUGUGCUCUGUAAAUAUGCAUUUUUUCAAUUGGGUGUCACCCCUCAGAUCGUGUCACCUGGUCCUGUUUGCACCUCCGAACCAACUAGCUAUGCUACUGGAUGUGGGGGUUUCUAGUUUCUUACAAGUAGGCAGUGAUGUGGGGCCGCUAGAGCUCUGCGAGUACUAGUAAUCUGCUGCUGCUAGUCUCAUACAAGUAUUCAGCGAUUUUGGGUUGAUUUUCUCGAGUACGAAGAUCGAUUUCACAUCUUAAUAUCUUUGAUGUUUGGAAACCAUUUCUUGAUGCUUAGAUCCACCUCACUACGCCCCUCCACAUCUGUGCCGUUGAAGGAUUGUCAGACCUUGUACCUCUUUUGAUCAAGUUCAGGGCUGACCCAGACAAACAAGACCUUGAGGGCAAGACUCCACUGCACAGGUGGGUGAUGUCAGGCCGUAACAUUGGUUAAUUUGCCCUUGAGACAGAACAUAUUUAAAUAUGGAACCUGCAAGGUCUGAAUACUGAAUCUCACAUUGUUCCAUCUCAUAAUGAAUGUUCCUUUGUUCCAUAUCAUACUGAAUGUUCCUUUGUUCCAUGUCAUACUGAAUGUUCAUUUUACCAUGUAAUACUGAAUGUUCCUUUGUUCCAUAUCAUCCCGAAUGUUCCUUUGUUCCAUCUCAUACUGAAUGUUCCUUUGUUCCAUGUCAUACUGAAUGUUCCUUUGUUCCAUGUGAUAUUGAAUGUUCCUUUGUUCCAUGUCAUCCCGAAUGUUCCUUUGUUCCAUGUCAUACCGAAUGUUCAUUUGUUCCAUGUCAUACUGAAUGUUCCUUUGUUCCAUGUCAUACUGAAUGUUCCUUUGUUAUAUGUCAUACCGAAUGUUCCUUUGUUCCAUGUCAUACUGAAUGUUCCUUUGUACCAUAUCAUACUGAAUGUUGCUUUGUUCCAUGUCAUACCGAAUGUUCCUUUGUUCCAUGUCAUGCUAAAUGUUCCUUUGUUCUAUGUCAGCCCAAAUGUUACUUUGUUGCAUAUCAUACUUAAUGUUCAUUUGAUCCAUGUCAUACCGAAUGUUCCUUUGUUCCGUGUCAUACUGAAUGUUCCCUUGUUACGUGUCAUACCGAAUGUUCCUUUGUUCCGUGUCAUACUGAAUGUUCCUUUAUUUCACUUUGACAGAGCCGUGGAGCACCAAAAAACGGAAGUCGUAACAGCUUUGUUAAACGAGGUAAAUCUUUUCUUUUGUGUUGUGUGAUCCACACACCAAUAAAAGUUUGUGAUCCACACACCAAUAAAUGUUUGUGAUCCACACACCAAUAAAUGGUUGUGGUCCACACAGCAAUAAAAGGUUGUGAUCCACACACCAAUAAAAGUUUGUGAUCCACACACCAAUAAAAGGUUGUGGUCCACACAGCAAUAAAAGGUUGUGAUCCACACACCAAUAAAAGUUUGUGAUCCACACACCAAUAAAAGGUUGUGGUCCACACAGCAAUAAAAGGUUGUGAUCCACACACCAAUAACUGGUUGGGCUCCACACACCAAUAACUGGUUGUGGUCCACACACCAAUAACUGGUUGGGCUCCACACACCAAUAACUGGUUGUGGUCCACACACCAAUAACUGGUUGUGGUCCACACAUCAAUAAAAGGUUGUGGUCCACACACCAAUAACUGGUUGUGGUCCACACAGCAAUAAAAGGUUGUGAUCCACACACCAAUAACUGGUUGGGCUCCACACACCAAUAACUGGUUGUGGUCCACACACCAACAACUGGUUGGGCUCCACACACCAAUAACUGGUUGUGGUCCACACACCAAUAACUGGUUGUGGUCCACACAUCAAUAAAAGGUUGUGGUCCACACACCAAUAACUGGUUGUGGUCCACACAGCAAUAAAAGGUUGUGAUCCACACACCAAUAACUGGUUGGGCUCCACACACCAAUAACUGGUUGUGGUCCACACACCAACAACUGGUUGGGCUCCACACACCAAAAACUGGUUGUGGUCCACACACCAAUAAAAGGUUGUGGUCCACACACCAAUAACUGGUUGUGCUCCACACACCAAUAACUGGUUGUGGUCCACACACCAAUAACUGGUUGUGGUCUACAAACCAAAAAAGGUUGUGGUCCACACACCAAUAAAAGGUUGUGGUCCACACAUCAAUAAAAGGUUGUGCUCCCCACACCAAUAACUGGUUGUGCUCCACACACCAAUAUCACAUUAUGAAAUGGCGUCAGCGGGCCGUCGAGCUUGCGCUCUUUAUGGCCUCCUUAAAACACCCCUCCCCAACCCGGUAUCGGGCCGCGGAGCGGCACGUCGAGGAUGUCCCUUUGUUAGGACGGCCCCCACCCGAGUCUGCUCGACCAGGUCUCCGCCGGGGGCCGUCCUAACCCAAAGAUACCCGGUCGGUCCGACACUGUGUUAUUUCGCACAGUGUACACGAUCGACUUUCUCAGGAGUCGGGAUGGAAAAUUUUGCGUCCUAAUAUCUUCCCCCACCCUUCCCGGGGAAGCGUUAGACGCCCUAUAAGGGGGAUUCUACAGUGGGUUUCCACAACGAAACUAAUUCGCGAAGCAGCUGGGACGAAACGGUUGCCUUGGAGCAGCUUCUCAGGGCUGCGUAGUAUGAAUCAUCGGCCAGAGGUUACCACCUUUGCCUCUCGCCUCAUAUCCAUUAACGGCAACUUGUAAUCAUGAUCCCUACCCUGUCUCUGCCUGUUGUCAAAUAUCCCAACUGGCAGCCCUGUAGUAGCUGUUUUAUGUAAGGUAGGCACCGAGCACAUCCCUUGACUGCCCACGCAGGACGCACCCAGUGGUCGUGUUUCCCGGGUAACGCCGAGGGGGUCGUUGGCCGACGCUUCCUAAUCGACAAGCCACCACUGACAAGUCAACCGGAGACCGGGAACACACCAAUAAAAGGUUGUGCUCCACACACCAAUAAAAGGUUGUGCUCCACACACCAAUAACUGAUUGUGCUCCACACAACAAUAAAAGGUUGUGGUCCACACACCAAUAACUGGUUGUGCUCCACACACCAAUAAAAGGUUGUGGUCCACACACCAAUAACUGGUUGUGCUCCACACACCAAAAAAGAUUGUUGUCCACACACCAAUAAAAGGUUGUGCUCCACACACCAAUAACUGGUUGUGCUCCAAACACCAAUAGAAGGUUGUGUUCCACACACCAAUAAUCUAAACUAGAAACAACCUAACCAUGGUAUUUCUAAUAAUUUAAAUAACAUUUUGUGCUUGUUGACAUAUGAAUAUGCUCUAUGCAGGUUGGCCAUAGAUAGGUGAAAUUAUUUAGUAUACAUUACACAGACAUAUACGACGAUACAUUUUGAUCUAUCAAAGACUUGUUUUAUUGAGAUCUACCGAAAUAUUUCAACUUAAAUGAAGAUGGGAAAUAUGAAUAUUCCUGUUAUUAGUUUUUUAAUAGCGUUAGUGUAAAAAAAAAUAUUAAGAACAUUUUGCCCCGAACAUUCAGCGCAAAGGUUUCUAUUUGUAUAAUUUUAUUCGCUGAAAUGUUAAUAAUAAUAAAAAAAAUAAAUUUCAUUUCAAAAACACGCUUCAUCCCCAAAGGCUCGAAGCGCGGUACAAAGUCAACAAAAAAAAAAAAAAAAAAAUGUUGAGGGAGAUUGACCUGUUUCUGAAAGUUUUUGUAGUUUCUGAAACUGCAACCCUUCGUAGGUAUUCAGGUUGGUGAAUAGUUUCUAGAACUGCAACCCUUCGUGGGUAUUCAGGUUGGUCAAUAGUUUCUAGAACUGCAACCCUUCGUAGGUAUUCAGGUUGGUCAAUAGUUUCUAGAACUGCAACCAUUCGUAGGUAUUCAGGUUGGUCAAUAAUUUCUAGAACUGCGCCCUUUGUAGAUAAGUGCGCGUAUAGGAAGCGGUGCCUUUCACUCUGUUUUCUUUCUAGUCAAAUGUUUUAUGAACCGUUUCCUUCUACAGUAGAGCUCCUUUAAUUAUAGCCAGGCGUAAUCCAAAUAUCCGAUCAUCUAGAUAAUAGAUAAUGCAAUUAAAUUAAAGAAUUUUUUAGAGAAAUAAAAGUGCAAAAUAUUUUUGAUCCUGGACAUCAAAGUUUUUUUAACGUUAUUUUUGCGAUGCAACAAUCUUUGAUUAUUUUAUUCCCAGAUAAUAAUGUAUUAUGCAAAUAUUUGUUACAUCCCGAUCCUUGCAAUUCAAAGGCCAUACAUUUCGUCUCCGGAAAUUUGAUCGAAAGAAAUUUCGUCGACGGUAAAUUGGUCGACGGUAAUAUGAUCGAACGGAAAUUUGCUCGAAUCUUCUUUUCAAUUUUUACGUUACAAUUUUGCAUCAAAUUUCUUUUAGAACGAAUUAUUUUGUUUUAAUAAAUAGUAUAAUGCGUUCAAAAAGAAAUUUGACGAAAAUUUUAACGCGCGAACUGAAAAAAAAAGAUUAUUCGACCAAAUUUCUGUUCGAUUAAAUUACCGUCGAUCAAUUUACCGUCGACGAAAUUUCUUUCGAUCAAAUUUCCGGUAACCCAUACAUUUACCGUCAGCCAAAUAGGUCGCCAUUGUUCGGAUGUAAUUAUAUUUUUUGAAAAGAAAAGUAACAUUUGAGGAAGUUGUGACCUGCUUAACAUAUGGCAUUUGUAAUGACCUGUUAAAUAUAUUACUUUUGUAGUGACCUGUUAUACAUAUGACAUUUUGUUCCCUCCAAUGUCAGUUUCCUUAAGUAGCUCACUCAAAUUAACCAAAAGUUAGCAAAUAAAUUGCUUGGCCUGCGGCAAAAAGAUGAAACACAUGCAGUAUUGAUUUAGUUUAAUGCCACGCCGAUAUGUUUGACGCUGGGGUAUGGCUUUACGGCAGUGAUUCCCAACAAACUAAAGAAUGGAAAGAGUUAUGUGGACUUUAGGCUAUGGCUUUACUGCAGCGAGACUCAAAAAUAUAAGGAAUGGAACGCGUCACGUUGAGUCUCUGAAUAAUAUAUAUUAAUUUUUUUUUUUAAAUUGUGUAUAAACUUAAAAUUCAUAAUAACAUUACUUUUAGACGCAGGGCAAAGCUCGUCUAAUAAAAAUAGACAAAUAUUAGACAUCCUAAAUUAUAUUUUUACAGAACUAUAUUUUAAAGGUUGAUUAAGAAAUGUCAAAGAGUUUGCUUCCAAAUCUAAGUAUCUACUGCGGUUAGACUACUCUUAACAGGUUCCGAAUUCCACUUACCAGCUGAAGAGACUGUGACAGUUUGAGCAUCCCUGCUAUGACACACUCGACGUGAUGAUAUGCACUAGUUACUUGUACACAUUGUAAUCGUUGGAGGCUAUAGAAUCACAGAGACAUCAAAUAUUUGACUAACUGUUAUAAUUGUAACUUGGGGGUCAAAUGGCGAUAAUGUGUGGCCACCAUUGGUUUAACUGGGAUUGUUAUGGAAUGAAAUAUUUUAAAGUUAAUGAUUUUAGUGCUUUGUACACAAUUCUUGGUAGAGGCAGAUCAAUGGUAGGGCUAGAUAUAUCAUAGAGAUGCAGAUGUAUCAUGGAGAAAGUGAUAUAUCAUGGAGAGGCAGAUAUAUCACGACAGAAGAAGAUAUCUCAUGGUAGAGGCAGAUAUAUCACCGCAGAGGCAGAUAUAUCAUGGAGAGGCAGAUAUAUCAUGGAUAGGCAGAUAUAUCAAUGGAUGUAUAUAGAGCGUAUUUAAGUCAACGGAUGGGGCUGGUGGUGGAGGGGAAGAUGAAAAGGACACUGUCAAACACGAUAGUGAGAUGUAGAAGGAGGUAGAAAGGAUGAUGAAAGAAAGAGCAAAAAUGUCACACACACUGACAAAUUUGUAAUUUCUUUAUUUGUAGAGAAGGCGAUAGACUGAGUAAGAUAGAAAGACAGAGAUAGACUGAGUAAGAUAGAAAGACAGAGAUAGACUGAGUAAGAUAGAAAGACAGAGAUAGACUGAGUAAGAUAGAAAGACAGAGAUAGACUGAGUAAGAUAGAAAGACAGAGAGGGAAUAGGAAACUGAAAGUGGUUGACACACCGCUCUGUCAAUUUAUGAAUAUGUUUAGCUAAGCUGAUGGUAACGCUAGGAAGGGAGGGAGGGGGGAGAAUGACUGGUGAGUGACGCCAAACAAUUGACAUUGUCACACUUCAUUUAUUACAAAAUAGAUAAAUCAAACGUUUUUUUUUUUUUCGUUACGUAAAAUAAAGGUUCUAACGAGGCAAAUACAAAUACUUUGACAAUGUCGCUUCUCACUUAAAGUAAACAUUGAUGAGUACGGUAGCGACUAGCUGGAAUGGGUAGCACGUUUACAAAUACUUUGACAAUGUCGCUUCUCACUUAAAGUAAACAUUGAUGAGUACGGUAGCGACUAGCUGGAAUGGGUAGCACGUUUUCAUUCAUGUCUUGGAUCACAGCAGUGAAGUUUGAGGUCAGACUUUACCAGGCGCAUUUGAACUGAAAUGGAUGCUUCGAAUCAUAAAUUCCCACUGGUACUAGGAACAGACAGCAAUAUGUGUCACUCCUAUGAUAGCCCCAUUCUGUGUCACUCCUAUGAUAGCACCACUCUGUGUCACUCCUAUGAUAGCACCACUCUGUGUCACUCCUAUGGUUGCACCACUCUGUGUCACUCCUAUGAUAGCCCCAUUCUGUGUCAAUCCUAUGAUAGCACGACUCUGUGUAACUCCUAUGAUAUCACCACGCUGUGUCACUCCUAUGAUAGCACCACUCUGUGUCACUCCUAUGAUAGCAACACUCUGUGUCACUCCUAUGAUAGCACCACUCUGUGUCACUCCUACGAUAGCACCACUUUGUAUGACUCAUAUCACAGCACCCCUGUUAACGGCCGAUUUUAGCCACCACCAUUGGACUCCCCGUAGUAUUGCAUUGACAGUGACGUCACCGAAUAAAUGUGCUAUGUUAUUCCUUACCCACACCGCCCUUGAUUGGGAAGCGAUUGUGAAAGUUCGAUGUGCUCUAUUUGUUCUAAAGAAUGCCAUAAGGUGACGCAAUUUCUAGAAUUUCUAACAAUAUAUUCUGAUUUUAUCACUAUAGAUAUUAAGGCAGGUUUCUUAGCAGAGAGAGAGAGAGAGAGAGAGAGAGAGAGAGAGAGAGAGAGAGAGAGAGAGAGAGAGAGAGAGAGAGAGAGAGAGAGAGAGUAUAGAUACAUAACAUUUGAAUACACAUAUAAACAAUGACACAUAAAAAUCUAGAAUUUCUAACAAUAUAUUCUGAGUUUAUCAGUAUAGAUAUUAAGGGAGGUUUCUUAGCAGAGAGAGAGAGAGAGAGAGAGAGAGAGAGAGAGAGAGAGAGAGAAAGAGAGAGAGAGAGAGAAAGAGAGAGAGAGAGAUAGUAUAGAUCCAUAACAUUUGACUACACAUUUAAACAAUGACUCAUAACAAAAGGCAAUUUGUGGUAGGGCGCAGACAUUGAUAAGCAAGACUUCAGCAGACAGUCCCCACUGAACCUGGCGUGCGCCAAAGGUUAUCAAGAGGUCGUCCGACUGCUCAUUAAAUUCGAUGCUGACCUCACCAAGAAAAACUUCUACGGCCAGUCGUUUGUACACGUGUCUGCACUUGAAGGUCAACUAGACGUCCUUGAACUUCUCUUGGAGGUCAGUAGUGAUUUUCCGAUAAAUUUAAUCUUCCUAACACUGUAAUCUAAUUAGUUCCCAUGGAAGGUUUCUUACUUUGAAGAAUAGAUUUGAUCAUGUUCAGAGUGAUAAAACUAUAAUUACACAUACAAAAUGUUUUUAGAAUCUUUUUGUGUUCAAAAAUUAUCUGCAAUAUCCUAUGCACUCAAUAUUGUGUACUGACCAAUGGCAUAUUUUGAAAUGUGUACAAAAAGCAUUGUGAUGAGACCAUGCACUGCAAGCUGGACAUUUUUGAUCAGACAGCCUUACACUUAGCUGCAAGACAGAAGGACGCAAGGGUAGGCUACUCAUUUUCAAUUCUAUAUAAUUUCUAUGUGUGAAGGCUGUGGUCGCUCCUGAUUCUCGAAAAGUUAAUGAGUUUGGUAAGAGAUAGGGGCUUGUAAGAGAAUCGGCGUCUGCUUCCGUUGUCGAACGCCUCUAGAUCACGCAGCAGCACCACUGGCCGGUGGUGCCACAUGGGAUUUUGUCUCUUCGCGGAGUGGACGACUAAUAGGGGGGAGACCCCCCCCCCCCCAAGCUAAAAGAUUCCGACCCACUUCCAUGACUUCCUACGCAACGGAAGGCUCGCACUAACAUGAUUACUGGUACCGUUAAUGGAUAUGAGGCAAUGGGGGGCAGCCAAAACCCUUGCCAAUGAUUAAAAGGACACAGCCCUGAGAAAGCCGCCACUAGGCGACCGUUUCGUCCCCGCUACGUCCCGACCGGACAACUCCCUGGGCGGUGUGGAGUGGCAAUGCAACACCAUCUCCCCGGAGAGGAAGUAAAGCCGUCUAGACCCAUAGGAGAGUGGACUGCGGACGCUUUAAACGCAGCGUCUUCAGUCGACCGGAGUCCCUCAGGGCAGGAGGGAGGUUCUUGGCGCGCUUCCGCACGGACUGGAUUUUUGAGUCUGGCCCGGGAGGGGGGAUACGGGGGGGGGGGGGAGGGUAUUAUGAGUGCGAACUCGACGACCCACCGACACCAUCUCCAAAGUGACUUUAUUAGUAAGAGAAUCGUGCUGGUAAGAGAUUGGGGCUGGUAAGAGAAAGGAGCUGGUAAGAGAAUUGGUCUGGUAAAAGAAUGGGUCUGGUAAGAGAUUGGAGCUGGUAAGAGAAAUUGUCUGGUAAGAGAACUGAUCUGGUAAGAGAAUUGGUCAGGUAAGAGCAUUGGUCUGGGAAGAGAUUUGGUGUGGUAUGAGAAUGGGGCUGGUAAGAGUAUUAAGGAGUCUAUGGAGGGUAAUUUAGAAGUCCAUAACGGGUUUUUCAUAAAUCCAUAAAGUCUUCUUUACAUGUUAGCCAAGUAUCAGGAAAUUUGUUUCAAAGAAAUUUCGUCAACGGAAGUUUGGUCGAACGGAAAUUUGAUCGAAUUUUAUUUUCAGUUCACACGAUCAACUUAAGUGUCAAAUAUCUUUUUGAACGCAUAAUUUUGUUUUACUACAUACUAUAGUGCCUUCAAAAGGAAAUGCGAUCAAAUUUCCAAUCGACCAAACUUCCGUCGAUCAAUUUUCCGUAGAAGAAAUUUCUUUCAAACAAAUUUCCGGUAACCGUCAGCUAAGCUUACUUUGUUGAGCAUUAGAACACAUCAUUUCUUUAAUGCCGCCAUGAAAUCAGAUAUGCUCAGAAAUAACUUCCUUAUACCCUACGUCUAACUUACAUGUGCUGUCGUUUAUUUCACCACUUAACCGCUUUUAUGAAUGCAUUCUAUAAAAAUAAUUCAAUUCAUUUUUUGAUUACAUUGUAUAUGUCUCAGUUUAUCAAUGCCUUGUUGACGCGCGGCUACUCCCCUGAUGACAGGGACAUCAUGGGACAAAUUCCUCUGCAUAUUGCGGCCAGGUAGUAACAGUUAAUUAUUUGAAUCCCCUCAUCUAAGUAAGCAUAUUUUACGAGUUAUCUUAUUAUUGCAAGUCAUGUGACAUAACUGAAACGAUACAUUUUUAAAAUUUAUGGAAACUAUUACUGUUAACUCAAAUGUUCGCCAUCAGUUUCAGUAGCAAUGAAACAGUCAGGAGGCUAGCGCAAGUGACGCACAAUGUAGACACACUCAACAAGGAGAAUAAAACAGCUUUAUUUUUGGCAUGCGAAGCAGGGAACAGAGAUGCCCUGUCUGGGUUGAUUGACCACGGGGCGAACGUCAGAGCCACGUGA